UUGCGUUACGCUCACCCUCUAUUUACCAACCAUCGUACCGUCUUUCCAUACUCUCCCUGAUCCCUCCAGCAAAAAUACUUCCUGAAUUUUUACUCAAACAAUUUAUCAGAAUUACUACUACUCAAUGAUAGUGGUUUUUCCAGUGUACAUGAUGACCACCGGAAUUGGAUCGUAUAUUUUACAGGCCAUUUUGUGAAAAACAUUCAUCAUUGUGUUACUGCACAAUCUGAAACCAGAGUUAUCAAAGACAGUUACCUUAGUCCAUAUGGUCGCUUCAGAAUAUUUCUGACAGGAGCAUCUGAAUCAUUCACCAAUCAGGAUAUAAACUCACUCAUUUAUCUGACAAAACCUUCAGAAUAUAAUGAACAUGAGUUGAUAUGUUGUUUAAAAUACAUUUUACAUACAGGUACCUUCACUGUGAAACAUUCUCUCCGACAAUGUAUGAAGAAAGAGGCCAAUGCUCACACAGCUCAAUGGCGAUCAGUAUCAGCAGCAGUCGACUGUGAACAUUAUAAACCAUCAGGAAACAAAAAAGAUCUUCAGGAAUUGAAGAGUAAUAUAGAAAUUUCAUACCGCCGCAGAAUGCUCUUUGGUAAUAUUAUGUUGCUCAAGAAAAUUCAUGAAACUCUCGCUGAGAAGUUGACACGAGUAGGAGGAAGAAACUAGACAAGAAUGUGAAUGUCCUGCUCAUGCUAGCAUCGGAAACGUGUAUUCUGCAUAUUACUGAAAUAUAUUGAUGUGCAGUGGAAUU